UGCAAUUGGAAUUGUGAGUCCCGCUGUGGGCAAACUCUCUCAUUGCAUCAACACUGAGCGCCAAAGACGACAUUGACGCUACUCACAUCCAUUUAGCAACCCUGAGCACCACGUCAGCCUUCGUCUGCCUGGUUUUUGGUCCGUCUUCAAAUCAGCAUCUCGGUGGUUUGCCCUUUCGGAUACAAUUUGCAGAGCCUGAUUGCAUCUGUGGUUGUGAAAUGUGAUCCACCAUAGGCUUAGGGUCACUUUGGCGCCCCUUGCGUCGUCGGUUGUCGCCUGGAGCAAUUGGUACGCAUACCUCACAGCCUGAUUUUCGAGAGCCGCCCUUAUAAUGGGUGAUCCCUCCGAAUCUCGAGCACGGCGGUCUUCUGAAUAUUUAGCAUCAGCUAUAAUUUUGUAUCUUUGCAUAUCCAUCGCCCUUAGAACCGGCAUACUACGCUAAACACAUUGUGGAACGGACGACAACGCAUUGGAGACAAUGUCGUGUAGAAACGACUCGUCGUUUGGCCCGCGCGUCGAGGCUGACUGUCGCCCAUUCGAUUUCACCGUCUUUUUUGAAGACGUAUUCUUUGUAUGUCUACCAUCGGGGCUAUUCAUUUUGCUAUCAUGCAUUCAGCUUAUAGCCACAGCCAAGACGCGGAAGCCUGCCCUUAGGCAGACCAACAUCGUGGCCUUGGCCAAGCUUGCGACAUUGGGUAUAAACGUCAUCCUUUCUGUUGCGUUUCUAGCAAUGCGCACUAAAACAGCCUCUGCUCAAACUUCAGCCUCCGUCGCCGCAGACCUCUUAACCACAGUGGCGGCCUUGCUGAGUGUUCCGUUAUCCUUUACCACUCAUCGGCAGUCACUACGCCCAUCAACUCUGCUUAGCUUCUACUUUGCUAGCAUCUCACUUCUCGGUAUCGCCCGGGUGAGGACUGUGUGGGCUCUGCAACCAGAUGGCCCCCUUGCCAUCGUUUUCACAACAUGGUUCAUCCUCAAUGUCAUUGUCUUGGUCCUAGAAUCGUAUGCAGGAAAGAAAGUGCGUUCAGAAUUCUCCGCAUUGCCCAACUCAUAUGAAAUCUACGCCAACGUGUGGAACAGAACUGCCUUUGUAUGGCUUGCAGGUACAUUUCGCUCGGGAUACACCAAGAUCAUUACGACGCAGGAUCUUCCCCAUCUUGACAACAAAUUGCACAGUCAAAUGCUGGCGAAGCAGCUGGAUUUGCGUUGGUCAACUUAUGACCCUCACAAGCGACAUUCUCUUUUGAAGGCAACCUUUACCGCAUUCUUGCCUUCCAUCUUGACUGUUGCACUCUCGAGCCUCAUUGUAUCAGCAUUCAAAUUGAGCCAGCCGCUUUUGAUCACCUCAACUAUCGACUUUGUAAGCAAUCCUCAGUCUCCGGACAGUAAUGACGGCAAAGGCUUGAUUGGCGCCUGGGCGUUAUUGUACAUUGGCAUCGCGGCUUCGAACUCAAUUUUCAGCUACCAAAAUGUCCGCUUCAGCACCAGAGUGGAAAAUGCGCUCACAGCGCUGAUCUACCAGCGAACACUGGCUGCUAGACGAGUCGACAUGGGUGAUGUGACCGGAGUGUCCCUAAUGGGGACUGAUGUCAAGAGAAUAUCGACUGCAUUGAGUCUGAUCAAUGUUUAUUGGACGUCCCUGUUAGAAGUUGGUGUCGCUUGUUGGCUACUCAGCCAGCAACUGUCACUUGCAGCCCUGGCCCCUCUCGUUCUUGUCGUUGUCGUCUUUGCGAUCUCUUCGAAGAUAUCGGCAGCCGCUGGUCCAACGCAGCGGCUGUGGAUUGAACAAGUUCAAGCCAGACUCAAAAUCACGUCAGUUACGCUGAGCGACAUCAAGGCUGUCAAGAUGCUAGGGCUCUCUUCUAUUCUCUCCAGUACCAUCACGAGGGUUAGGCUGAGCGAGAUCAAGGCUUCGCGCGGAUUCCGAAUCAUUCUGACCGUAACCGUCUUCCUGUCCAUCUCCCCAUCGGUCCUCGCCCCAGUCGUUACAUUUGGAACAUAUGUGCUAAUAGCAUUGUAUUGGAAGGGUGGCACGCUAGUCGUCUCGCAGGCUUUUACAUCCAUUGCCCUGGUCAUCCUUCUUACUUCCCCCUUCAUUAACCUCAUACAAACGCUUCCCGAGAUUCUACAAUGUGUCGGAUGCUUUGACCGGCUUCAGGAAUACUUCUGCUAUUCCAUCGACAGCAAACUCAAUAAUGAAGACCAGUCGCCUACUAAUGGAGACGUCAAAGCCCCUAACACUAUGGAGCCGACUGGACUGAAUGUCCCCAAGGAACAAACCUUCUCCUGGAACAAUGAGGAUGAAGCACUUCUUCACUGUGAUGGCCUUUGUAUUGUGGAAAAUGGCAUCAACAUUGUUGUGGGACCUGUGGGAAGCGGGAAGUCGGCCCUAAUUCAGUGUCUCCUUGGAGAAAUGUCGGCCAAGGGUUCACAAAAGUACACCAAACUUGCCAGUGCCAUGGCAUACUGCUCUCAGCAACCUUGGCUUGAGAAUGUAUCGAUACAGAGAUGUAUAACUGGUCCACUGCCCUACAACUCCGAAUGGUAUAACCAAGUCAAGAGUGCCUGUGUCCUCGAUCUCGACAUCAGCGCGAUGCCGGACCAAGAUGAGUCCAAGAUAGGGAGCGAUGGACUAAACCUAAGUGGCGGCCAAAAGCAGCGUAUAGCUCUUGCUCGAGCUAUUUAUGCCAAAGAAAAAGUUCUUCUUCUAGACGACGUGUUCAGUAGCAUUGAUGCGGCGUCCAUUAGUAUCAUAACAGAUCGCCUUUUUGGUCCUAAUGGAAUACUGACAGAGGACAAGGCUACUGUUAUUCUAGUCACUCAUAAUCCGGUGGUUAUGCGUCGCGCUACCAACCUCGUAGUCAUGGAUGAGGGAAAGAUAUCCGCUUGUGGCAGCGUGUCGGAUCUGCUCCAAACGUCGGAUUAUGUCGGAUCACUCAACAUGAGCACUAAGGAAGGCCAGUCAGACAGCGAUGCAUCUUUACCAAAUGACGCCGACACGACCUCACAGAGUACCAGAGAGAAGACUUCAACCAACAAGGGUAAAGCAGACGAUACUCUGGAUGACUUGCGGCGUAAGACAGGCGACUGGUCGGUUUACGCUUAUUACUUUUCUCGAGCCGGGAACUGGACCUGUUUGACUGCUGUACUUCUCAGUAUUAUCUGGACUGUGUGUCAGGAAUUCUCAACCAUCUGGAUGAAGUGGUGGGCUGAGGCCAAUGUUGAGGACCCAAACAAGAAUAUUGGGGAAAACAUCGGCGUAUAUUCACUGCUAUGUGUUGUUGCUAUGGUAGCUGCAGCUGCUACUGCAUGGGUUGCAUUGGUCAAUAUGAUAUCCAAUUCGGCCCUGAGGCUGCAUUCAGAUCUCCUAACAGCCACGCUCAGGGCGCCUCUUAGCUUCUUCUCCAAAACAGAUAGUGGCUCCAUCCUGAACAGAUUCAGUCAAGAUAUGGAACUGAUCGGAAUGGAACUUCCUGUCAUUCUCACAAACUAUGCUACUACCUUGGUUGCUUGCGUAGCGAAAGUCGUCAUUCUCGCCGUCUUCUCCAAAUACCUCGGCAUCACUGCCCCCUUCAUCAUCAUCGGGUUAUAUUUCCUCCAAAAUUUCUAUCUGCAAACAUCGCGCCAGGUCAGGCUUCUUGCGAUUGAGGCGAAAGAGCCCCUGUAUACACUCUUCUCUGAAACUGUGGCUGGCAUUGAUACCAUUCGAUCCUUUGCCUGGCAAGAGCAGUAUGAAGAGCGCAGCUAUACCUUGAUCAACGAAGCGCAGAGGCCGCAAUACAUGCUGGCCUGUCUUCAGUCAUGCCUUCGUUUUGUUCUGGAAAUGUUGACAGCCGGUGUUGCGACUGCCCUUGUUGCAAUUGUGGUCAAGCUUCCGGACAAGUUUACACCUGGAAGCGUCGGUGUUAGUCUUGUCAUGGUAGUUGGCUUCAGUGAGAUCUUGGUCCGCCUGAUCAGUUCGUGGACAAAGCUCGAGACCAGCAUUGGAGCGGUUUCGCGCGUAAAGAACUAUCUUGCAAACACACCCACAGAAUUCACGACCCCCGACCUUGCAGCGUUAGCUCCAUCCUGGCCAGAAAGCGGAUCGAUACAGAUCAAAGACCUCGUGGCUUCCUAUGAUCAAGAAGGAGCCCCAGUCAUCAAGAAUGUUUCCUUGGACAUAAAGCCAGGAGAGCAUUUUGCCAUUGUUGGUCGAUCAGGCAGCGGGAAAAGCUCUCUGGUUUUGAGUUUGUUACGCAUGAUUAAUCUUGACAAAAGCACAAAGAUUGUGAUUGAUGGCCAAGACACGGUUCAUUUAUCUGGUGAUGAUCUUCGGCAGCGACUGAAUGUAGUGACUCAAGAUCCUUUCCUCUUUCCGGGUACCAUUCGCGACAACAUUGAUCCGUUCGGCACUGCUACUGAUGAAGCCAUUGCUUCUGUUUUGGAGCGUGUCGAUCUGUCUGCGGCGGUUCAAAGUAAAGGUGGUAUCGGAGCUGAUAUCGACACCGAUACCUGGUCAGCUGGUCAGAAGCAAAUGCUGUGCUUUGCCAGAGCGAUCAUCCGAGGAGGCAAAGUGUUGAUUUUGGACGAGGCUGCAAGCAGCGUCGAUGCUAACACGGAGGCUCUAAUGCAACGUCUUAUUAAAGAGGAAUUCAAAGAUAGCACCGUGUUGGCUAUCAUUCACCGUUUAAAACACAUUGAAUCCUAUGAUCAGGCUGCCGUUUUCUCAGAGGGCCGCCUGAUUGAAAGCGGCUCACCAAAGGAGUUGCUCGGCAUGAAAAGUCAGCUAGCUACAUUAUUCAACCUGAGUGAAGGAAGAGAUGCGUGAUUGGUAUUGUUUCAUAGUUCAAAGUAAUUAAAUGCUAACAGAAUGGAAUUAUUCAAGGAAACUAAAAAUACAACAAGGAGAAAAUGGACGUGCCCCUUGCGAGGUCAGACAGUAAAGAAGAGAAGGAGUUUUUUCAGUGACUUCCGGUUGCUUUCUUGACGUUUUUCACAUUGAUAUCCUUCCAUCCAAUGGUGGCAAUCAGGCCAAUCGCCCAAAUGGCCGUGCCUGUAAUCGAUAAAAGUUGCUGAGAGUCACUAUAGGCUUGCUGAAUAGCUGUGCGUGUGUCUGUUCCGACUGGGUAUGAUAGCUGUGUUUGAAGACUGCUAUAUAUCUUCAUCAGAUUUGGCUGGUCCUUUUCGGGGAGAUACUCGGCCAGCUUGGCUGGGAACGAUGCUUGCCAAAUCGUCGACGCUAUGCUCAGUCCAAUAGCGCCUCCGAGCUCAGCAAACAUGCCUUCAAUGGCCAAAAGGACACUAACGUGUUUGUCUGAAGCGGCAGCCAUGAUGGCGACAGGGACGCAGACAAAGAUAGUACCGCCAGUAAGACACAUGAUGAUUUGGCACAUGAUGAUCCAGCCGACAUGUACAUCGGGUUGGCGGAAGUAAAUCAUAAGACCGAGACCGAGAAUACUUCCCGGCACACCAAAGUACAGCGUGGGCGCUUUGUACCGGCCGGUGUAUCGGAUAAAGAAGCCCAUGACGACGCACCAGAAGACAGCACCAAGGCCAUAGAUUUGUGCAAUAUAGCUUGAGGUGCGAAUGCUGAGGUCCAUGGCUACUUGCAACCAGGAGAUAAAGUAGCUCAUCCAGCAGUAGAUACUGAUGAGCAAGACACCCGCCAGAAUACAGGCUCCUAUGAUGGUACGGUCCAAGAGCAGCUCGUAAGGAAUAAAGGUAACGGGGGUAAAGUAUCGCUCCCAAAUAACAAAGGCUACUAAUGAGACGACUCCAAGCACCAUCAUGACGAUAAUCAGCGGACUAGCCCAUCCGUCGGGCUGCAGACGGUAAAUAUUGAUAGGAAGCAGCACAAAAGCGAGGCCAACAGUCAGAAGAAUCAACCCAAGGGCGUCAAACUCGCAAAUAUAGUGCUUUAUAGACUGCCACAUGGUUCUAUCGACGACCUCUUUUGUCUUCAAGCCCAAUUUCUUGGCCUUUCGCGAGGUAUACAUGAAGAGGAAGAACAGCGGCAGAUUGACCAGCGGCAGCAUCAAUGCAAACGAGCCAAAGAACCACCGCCAUCCAGGCCCGUUGAAGAAGCUCUCCGAGAUGGGACCGGCCAUGAAAGAGGUGAUGAGAUUAGGUGAGUAGGCAAAUGCCCACAUCAACCCACGAUUGCGAAGAGACGAGGUAUCCGCGAUAAAGACACCAAGACAGUACAUGAGACCGUGGUUGCCCAAGCUGUAGAAGAUUUGCGCCACAGAGUACAUCUCAACACUGUUGCAUGCGGCCAUCAUGGCAAGACCAAACGUUGCCACAAUCACAGACACUAGACAUCCCAGCGGGCGACCAAACAGAUCGAGCACUUUUGCUAGAGCAAGCUUGAAGACACCGCCAAACACGGAGCUCAUGAUGAGCACGACGGGCGUCA